AUGAAACUGUUGUGUCUGUUGAGAGUGAAGAAAAAUAUUUUGGCUAUUGGAACCAUUUGGAAAUACAUAGACACGAAGAAAUACAAUUCAGACAACAGUGACGAAAUAGAAGUUUUACGAUCAAAAGAACACACCGAAUGUGAUCCAAUCGAGCUUUGUCUUAGUUCAUCUCUUAAAAUCAGUAUUGUAAGUAUUCCAAUGAAUGAAUCAUUUGUCGUUGUGUAG